UUUAUAUGAAACAUUUAUUCUUACUAGACUUUUAGUUUUGCGUUCACAGUAUUGCACUAUGAGAUGUUGUUGUAUAUAUGUACCAGGAUAGAAGAGAGUCUUAGAAGAAGACUGAGUUUCUCUCUUUGGGAAAGCAGCCAUUUAUGUGGAUCAAAAAAGCUACUAUGAGAAGGAAAUACCAGGAUAAAAUUACCCUCUGCUUUUAAUUUCCUUGUCCAGACUUCAAGCGACAUGUUUAAUUGAAGUAAAGACACUUUUGUAGACUUCCUCAUCAUCUCAGUUCAAACUGUAUCUCGUUUAAUACAUGAAACUUUUUUUUUUUUCAGCAUUUUCAGUCUUCAUACAAUGCAGGUUCUGAAGUUACUUGGAAGUCUGUAAGGCUAUUUUUAGGGCAGAAUUUCCUUGCAACUUUUAACUUUCUGUAAUUAAAAAGGAGAUCCUGUCUUGAAGCUAAUUUUCUCCCUGAGUUUUUCUACUUUUUAGGCUCUGUAAAAUAUACACAUGUGAAUUAGUGAAUUCUCAAGCCUUCCUUUAGUUUAUCCAGAGUUUUCUUUCUGUUCACUGUUUCCACUCCUUCAGAAGGGCUGAAGGAGAUCUGAACAAAGCAUAUCUUGGAUUCUGACCAAUACCAAGGAAAGUGAAGUUGGGGUUUUAAGUUACUUUCAGGAAAUUUUCUGGAAUCAGGUACAAGGUCUUCUCUUCUGUAUAGAGACAUGAAAAUAUUGGCUGCUAUGGAGCCGUAUGCUAAGUAGGUAUUCAGAGUGGAUAAAGGUUAUUGACUACAUACUGAUGGAUACAGAAUCUUCUAGUCCAACUUCCUUGCAUUGGGCAGGGAUACUUCCUACUGGAGUGGGUUGCCCAAAGCUCAGGCCUUGUACAGCUCCAGGGAUGUUCCACCACUCCACUGGUGACCUGUUCCAGUGCCUCCCUGUUCUCUGAGUAAACAUUUUCUCCUUUGGAUCUAAUCUGAACCUACCUUGUUUUAGUCUGAGAUAAACGGAGAAGUCUGGGUUAAGAAUUUUUUCACCGUAGUGUGGGUGUUUAGAGUAAGUUUUGUCUUUAAGUGGAUGUUUUUCUUUCUUUGCUGUGAAGGAAGCUCAGGAUGUAAAUAAAGCUAAGAGCUUGUAAAUACUUGAACUUGUUGAGAAUGUACUAAAUAGUUGUAGCAAACCUGAUUUGUUUUUUUCUGUUUUUUCUGGUUAAUUAUUUGCUGAAAUACAAUGUCUUUCUAAUACUUUUAAAAAGCAUUUCAAGCUAAGUUUAAGAGUAAUAUGAAGAACUCUGAAAUGAAAUGUUAGCCUUCACAAUGCAUACAGUAUUGUUCUAUCUGCCUGAAGUGUUACCAGGAAUGUGUUCUCAGCAAAGCCUAAAGACCCAAAUUUGUUUUUUCUCCAUCCACAUUUCCCAUUCUGGCAGUGGAACAUUUUUGAGUGUCUCACUUGCAAUGGAAGCUUUCAAAAUGGAUUCAGAGACGGUUACUGAAUAGCUGCUGCCUGUUUCUGGAAGCUUCUAGAUAGUUACAACUAAAUUAAUUUGUUGUCUGUUCAUGUAUAGAGAAGUUGAAUUUUUCUAGCGUUUGCUAGAGUUCAUUUUGCCCAAACUCUGAUGCUUUAGUGAGGCUUACAGUUGUUGACAUAGAAGAAAAAUUCUAGAUAAAAUAUAAAGGAAAAUAUUCCCAAGGAAUACUAAGUGGUCAUGAGCUCUGAAAGAGGUUUCAAAUUAUUAUACAGUCUGGUACUGAAAAAUCAUUUGGAGCUAAAAAAAAAAAGUAUGAAAAUGCCUGAAAAUGUUUAAGCUAAGAGAGAUGUUCUGCUAAGCACAUAUCAUCAGCAAACCUGAGUUACUUGCAGUGGAGUGAAACAAUGGGCUGGCAGGUCCUUACUGCGGGUCAUGUUGCUUGGUAUGUCAGAAAGUCUGUAGGUAUAUAAUUGAUGAACAUCUGUUGUCAGUGCACUCUUGGUGGUUCCCUGUAUGCCUGAUAAGGUGAUAGCGUAGCUUAUGAUAGAAAAACAACAUUCUGCUUUUCACCUUCAACCUGCGCUUGAUAUUUUUCUGAAGACUUGUGAUGAAAUUGAAGGAUGAAUAUAAAAGGGCAGAGGUCCCUGGGUGAACCAACUGUGGUACUUUGUUAGCUGCCCAUUUACGUUCAUUGGAAAAACAGGGCAGUUCUGAUGUCAUGAUGGUUUCCUAAAACAGAUCCAAGGUUUUUCUGCCAGCUGAAGGAAGUCAAGUGUGUAACUAUUAGUGAAAAUGAGUUUUGGAAAGUUGCAUCAAAUGGUAUUCUGUGGAUCGAGGUGUGUUUCCUUAAUGUGAAAUAUUUGAGAGAUCUGUGGCUGGUACUUCUGGUGUACUUCAGUUCUGAUGUUCUGUUCACGUGACACUGAAGCAGUCCCAGGAUGACGAGGAGAAUCCUUCAUUGCACCGAUGCUUUCAUUUUUGCUGUCCUCGGCGUAGUUCCACGGCUGAUGAAUUGCCAGUCUAAAUUGGUUUAUCACAGACAAGGGCUGUGCUCUGUGUGCAGGAAAGUACCUGAACUGUGGGUUUGAAGCUGAGAUGCUUGUUCAUUGAUUUAUUUAUUUUCAUAAGCCAGCCAGUUCCCUUGCACUUUUUGAAGAAGGAGGGGAUAGGUGAAGGGGUUGCCCUUCUUCAGGGUUACUGUUCUGCCUGAUAGAGCAUCUGAAAUCCCUGGAGUUUUUUUCAGUCUCUUCUGAAGCUUUAAUUGAACUGAAAUGAGUGGGCUGUGGUCUUCCCCUCCCUUUCCCUUCCUCCCCCCGAGGAGCUGUAUGUAGCCUUUCAUUUACGGAUUUGUUACAGCUUGUUAAGCUCUCCUGUCUUACAUGUCUGUCGGAGUUCUGCCUUCUGGUGGAGCUGCUCGAACCAAAACAAUUGCACGUGUCCCUUUAAAAUUUCCCUGUUUGCUGUCCAAUUGUGAUUUAAUCCUUUUGAAUCAUUUAUGAGUUCUGGAGUCACUUUUAAUUUCUGUCAGUCGGUUCUGUGUAUCUUGGUCUAGUUUUACAGCCAGCUCUGUGGUGAGUGCUUUAUGUAUAAUUGAAGGGAGGAGAACAAAGCUAGGCUUACAGAAAUACGGAAGGGGGGGAAAAAAAAAAAAAUAAAAAAAAAUAAAAAACGUUUACUGGAAAAGCAGCAGUUGUUUGGGCUGCAGUUUCAGUGAGCUGUUCCAGUGACAGAGCAUAUUAAUGACAGUGGUAGGCAAGUGAGGUCACUGUGAUGUCAGUGCUCUUGCUUGUAAUCCCGCACAUGCUUGCUAGUUUGGAACAGUUCAUGCUGAGCUCUGGGAGAGGAGCAGGAGAACUGUGCUUGCAGGGGCUGAGCAUGGCUGUUACAGGAGAUGAAACAGCUGCCACUGGAGACAUGCCAUCCUACCAGCUUCGGACUCCCACUACUAACUUACCUCAGGGAGUGGUAAUGGCAGCCUCACCAGGGGCUCUGCAUAGUCCUCAGCAACUGGCAGAAGAGGCAACGCGCAAGAGAGAGCUGCGGCUUAUGAAAAAUAGGGAAGCUGCUAAAGAAUGUCGACGUCGGAAGAAAGAAUACAUAAAAUGUCUGGAGAGUCGUGUUGCAGUGCUAGAAGUUCAGAACCAGAAACUUAUAGAGGAGCUUGAAACCCUUAAAGACAUUUGCUCUUCCAAAGCAGAUUAGUAAAAAUAUUUAUUAUACUGUGAACUGACCUAAAAUAUGUCCGGUUGCUUUAUAAGGCAAUACAAGGCCAAUAUGAAUUAUGGCUUUCUCUGUGUCAUUUAUAUUAUAUUCCAACUUCCAACAUUCCUGAAAUGCUUUCCUGCUUUUUGUCAAUUCAUAGCUCUGCUUACAGGUUUUCCACGUUCCACCCUUCCACCUCCCAAGGAGCCAAAUGGUUUAAACAAAAAAAAAAUCUAAGUGAAAAAACCCAUAAUUUCUAAGAGCUGUUUCUUUGCCAUAUAUUUACAUGCUACUUUUUACAUGUACUGCUAGUGUUCUGCACAUGCAAAAUAUUUUGCAGCUGUUUCAAAUGAAUCAAAGAUAAUGCAUCCGGUAAUAUGAGAAAAAUCAAAUAACUCAAGGUAUCUCAGGAAAGAGUUUAUAAAAGAAUGUUAUGAUUACAUGUAUGUAUUAGCAAACUGGUCUACAAAUGAUUUUAUGACAUAUUUUUAUAUUAGUUGCUUUGUGGAAAGAAAAAGUAUUGUAUUGCUAUCACUGAGUGCCAUGGCUAAAGAUAGUUUUUAAUAGAAUGAUGUUGUUUAA